CUGGGAAGUUUGCGGGCAGCCCCAUCCUGUAUCUGAGCCUCGCAGCUGUGCAGGGGACACGGGUUCGAGCCCUGGCCCGGGAAGAUCCCACAUGCCGCGUAGCAACGAAGCCCGUGGGCCACAACUACUGAGCCUGUGCUCUGGAGCCUGCUAGCCACAACUGCUGAAGCCCGCAUGCCACAACUACGGAAGCCCGCAUGCCACAACUACUGAAGCCCGCACGCCUAGAUCCCGUGCCCCACAACAAAAGGAGCCACGGCAAUGAGAAGCCUGCACACCACAACAAAGAGUAGCCCCUGCUCACCGCAACUAGAGAAAGCCUGCACACAGCAACGAAGACCCAACACAGCCCAAAAUAAAUGAAUACAAUAAAUAAAUAAAUAAAUUUAUUUUAAAAAAAUAAAUAAAUAAAAAAUAAAAAUGGGUGGUGUUGAGAAGGGCAAGAAGAUUUUAGUUCAGAAGCGGGCCUAGUGCCAUACCAUGGAAAAGAGAGGCAAGCACAAGACUGGGCCAAAUCUCCAUGGUCUGUCUGGGCAAAAGACAGGUCAGGCCCCCGGAUUUUCUUACACAGAUGCCAGCAAGAACAAAGGCAUCUCUUGGGGAGAGGAGACACUGAUGGGGUAUAUGGAGAAUCCCAAGAAGUACAUCCCUGGAACAAAAAUGAUUUUCACAGGCAUUAGAAGGGGCUGA